AUGGCCCUCAACAUGGACAAGUUCCACUUCGGAACCAAAGAUGAGAAGAAAAGAUUCUGCAGGGAGCUUCUCAAGUCAUUGAAGGAGCGCGGAUUCGCCAAGAUUCGGAGUCAUGGCGUUUUCAAGACGGUUCUCGACAUACAGUUCGACUACAUACGCAGGUUUUUCAGCCUACCGCUCGACGUGAAGAUGAAGGUGAAGCACCCUGCCCAGGCCACUCCCAACCGCGGCUACAGCUACGUCGGUCAGGAGAAUGUUGGCAACAUCAGUGGCUUCAACAAGGGUCUUGGGCCUGCAAACACGCGCGAUAUCAAGGAGUCUAUUGAUUUUGGUGCUGCUUUUGAUGACCUUGUCGAGAAUAUCGAGGUCCCUGAUGAAGAUCUCUACGAGUUCCAGGUCUGGAUAGAUGGCCUCUUCCUCAAGUUAUGCGAGACCCAGCGCCAUAUCCUCUCGGCAUUAGCCAUCGCCCUCGGCAUUGACGCAUCCCAUCUCCACUCCAUCCACGGCCGCGUCGAGAACGAGUUCCGCCUGCUGCACUACCCGGCCAUCCCCGCCUCGGAGCUGCGUGACGGGACAGCAACGCGGUGCGCCGAGCACACCGACUUUGGGACCAUCACCCUCAUCUUCCAGGACGCCGUCAGCGGCCUGCAGGUCGAGGACCCAUCUGAACCCGGCACGUUCCGAGACGUCGGGUCGUCCAACCUCACAGACCUUAUCCUGAUCGCCGGCGACUCUCUCCAGCGCCUGACCAACGACACCGUCAAGGCCGGCCGCCACCGCGUCACGUACCCCCCAGGUGUGGACAAGGACAGCGACGAGAUGAUACCGGAGCGCUAUUCGAUGGCCUACUUUGUCAAGGCGGACAGGAAGACAUCACUGCUCCCACUGAAGCAGUUUAUUACGGAUGAGAACCCCUGCCGGUAUGAAGAUGUGACUGCCUGGGACUACAACAACCAGCGCAGCGCCAGCCUCUAUGAGGGAUAG